UGUAGGAUGCGGUAGCGCCAUUUUGAACUGUCUGUGGAUGGUGGGUGUUGGAAGGACUUGUCGGGGAAAGUGUGCGAGUGAGUGAACAAGCCGGAGAGGGAGGGAAGAGAGUCCGAGCCAAGCAGAAGGGCUGCCCGGAACGUCUCGGUCCCACGAUCUAGCUCCUUCAUUUGAGAGACCGCUUGCACGAGUCCGUACCCGGACAAACACGCCCGGCAAUCGAGCGCGAAUCCCUCUAGCCAUGGCAGGAGCUGGAGGUGGGAGCAAUGACGUGCAGUGGUGCUUCUCACAGGUGAAGGGGGCCAUUGAUGACGACGUUGCCGAAGCCGACAUCAUAUCUACUGUGGAGUUCAACCACUCAGGGGAGCUGCUAGCCACAGGAGACAAGGGUGGCAGGGUCGUCAUCUUUCAGCAGGAAAUAGAGAAUAAGAGUCAGCCACAGUGCCGUAGUGAGUACAAUGUUUACAGCACUUUCCAGAGCCAUGAGCCCGAGUUUGACUACUUGAAGAGUUUAGAGAUCGAGGAGAAGAUCAACAAAAUCCGCUGGCUGCCCCAGAAGAACGCAGCUCAGUUCCUGUUGUCCACUAACGACAAAACCAUAAAGUUGUGGAAGAUCAGUGAACGAGACAAGAGACCAGAGGGCUACAACCUGAAAGAGGAGGAUGGACGCUACAUAGACCCCAACACUGUCACUGCACUUCGGGUGCCUGUGUUUAGACCCAUGGACCUCAUGGUGGAGGCGAGCCCUCGAAGGGUGUUUGCCAACGCCCACACUUAUCACAUCAACUCCAUCUCAAUAAACAGUGACCAUGAGACAUAUCUAUCCGCAGACGACCUGCGCAUCAACCUCUGGCACCAGGAGAUCACCGACCGCAGCUUCAACAUUGUGGAUAUAAAGCCAGUCAACAUGGAGGAGCUGACAGAGGUGAUUACAGCAGCGGAGUUCCAUCCACACCAGUGCAACACCUUCGUCUACAGCAGCAGUAAGGGCACCAUCCGACUCUGUGACAUGAGGGCAUCAGCGCUAUGUGACACGCACUCCAAAUUGUUCGAGGAGCCGGAGGACCCCAGUAACCGCUCCUUUUUCUCUGAGAUAAUCUCGUCCAUCUCGGACGUCAAGUUCAGCCACAACGGGCGCUACAUGAUGACCCGGGACUACCUGUCUGUCAAGAUUUGGGACCUGAACAUGGAGAACAGGGUUGUGGAGACGUACCAGGUUCACGAGUACCUCAGGAGUAAGCUGUGCUCGCUCUAUGAAAACGACUGCAUCUUCGACAAGUUUGAGUGCUGCUGGAACGGAAAUGACAGUGUGGUGAUGACGGGCUCGUACAACAACUUCUUCCGGAUGUUUGACCGGGGCCAGCGGCGGGACGUGACCCUGGAGGCGUCCCGGGAGGGCAGUAAGCCACGGCAGGUCCUGAAGCCCCGCAAGGUGUGUGCCGGCGGGAAGCGGAAGAAGGACGAGAUCAGCGUAGACAGCCUGGACUUCAACAAGAAAAUCCUCCACACCGCCUGGCACCCCCAGGACAACAUCAUUGCCGUGGCAACCACCAACAACCUCUACAUAUUCCAGGACAAAGUGAACUAGAUGUUUUCCGUGAAGGCAGACAUCCACUACCUUUAGCCUCUAAUUUUUGUCAUUGGACAAAUAGACUUUGCCAUGUUUCCAGGUGUGGAAAACUAAAACCUAAUUCUUGCCCACCAUCAGCCUCUGUGGCACAGUGACGCGUCGCUCACCUUGAUAUUGUUUUGGUGGUGAUGUGCCAAUCUGUGUGCGCCGCCCGCCCAGUAUCGCCCCGCCCAGCCCCAGGGCAACAUGGGUAACGAGUUCCAUUUAUAUGUAUGUCUGACAGCCACACUUUUUGGGGGGGGAAUCAAUGGCUAGUAGAAAAACCAAAACACACCAAGAACCAUCCCUGCCCCUUCUUCAACCCUUCCUCUCAUUGUCUGGUGCCAUAGUCAUGUUGUUUUUUUGUUUUUUUUAAACUGCCAAUCUGUUCUGUUUUAAUUCAAUUGCAAGAACUGGUGUUUGUUUCACUUUUUGUUCCUCAUACCACAUGCUUCUCCAAGAGCCUCCCUCUCUUACAUACACACAUGUGCAUGCAUGCAUGCACACACACACACACACACACAAAUAUGCAUACACAAACCAAUCAGACACACACUUACUUAUCAAAGAGCCUAGCUGUCUCAAAGCUGUUGGUGGACUGCUGCACCUCAGAGAAACACUCCAAAACAUGUACUGAGAGCAUGUUGUAUGUAUGUAGUGUGACUGAUCCUACACUACAUGACCAAAAGUAUGUGGACACGAACAUCUCAUUCCAAAAUCAUGGGCAUUAAUAUGGAGUUGGUC